UUUUCAAAAUCCGGUUCACCCCCUCCGAGAGUCUGAGUUACACCGCCUCUCUCUCUCUCUCUCUCUCUCUCUCUCUCUCUCUCUGCGGCGGCGGAGAUGGCAGGAUACAGAGUGGAGGACGACUACGAUUACCUAUUCAAGGUUGUUUUGAUUGGGGAUUCUGGUGUCGGUAAAUCGAAUCUGCUCUCUCGGUUCACUAAGAACGAGUUCAACCUCGAGUCGAAGUCCACCAUUGGAGUCGAGUUCGCAACUCGCACUUUGAAUGUCGACGGAAAGGUCAUCAAAUCUCAAAUUUGGGACACUGCCGGCCAAGAGAGGUACCGGGCGAUUACAAGUGCAUAUUACCGUGGAGCGGUUGGCGCCCUUCUUGUAUAUGAUGUAACCCGACGUGCAACAUUCGAGAAUGUAGACCGAUGGCUAAAAGAACUGAAAAACCAUACAGACCCGAGCAUCGUGGUGAUGCUUGUGGGUAAUAAAUCCGAUCUCCGCCACCUUCUGGCAGUCCCGACGGAAGACGGGAAAUCAUACGCCGAGAAAGAAUCGCUCUGCUUCAUGGAAACUUCCGCCCUCGAUGCCACGAAUGUCGGGAACGCGUUUGCGGAGGUUUUGACGCAGAUUUACCGCAUCACGAGUAAGAAACAAGUGGAGGCCGGUGAAGAUGGGAACGCUUCUGUUCCGAAAGGGGAGAAGAUAGAUGUAAAGAACGACGUUUCUGCGCUGAAGAAACUCGGGUGCUGCUCAAAUUGAUGGUUCUAGUGAAGAUUGGGAGAGUAUAACCCUUUUGGUUUAUGUUAUCGUCGUUCUUUGUAAUAUUAUCGUCAUUCUCGCGAGGCGUUUUUUAAUUCAUAUUUGUACUAAAAAAAGUGAAUGACGAUAUUCUUCUGAAAUUACUUCGAGUGCCUCGGGUGCUUAUUUGGCUAA